ACACCUGGAUCCAGGCUCUGUAGCUGACAUGACACAGAGAAACGUGAAACUCCAAGGGGGCGCCGUGAGGUUCGGCGCCAUGUACGGGGGCAACCGGCUCUUCUCGGGGGCCCGGGGCAGCGGAGGGGGCAUCGGUUUGGCGACGUCACGGUCACUGGGCACCUCGGGGCUAGCGGGAUCUGGACCGGGCUUCAGAGGAGGUCUGGGACUGGGCUACGGCACAGGGCUUGGGGCUGGACUGGGCUACGGCGGGGGAGCCGGUGCUGGCCUGGGCGCGGGGCUCGGUUUGGGGCUGGGUGCAGGGGGCGGGGCGGGGCUGGGCGCGGGGUUCGGCGCGGGGCUGGGCGCGGGACUGGGCGCGGGGCUGGGCGCGGGGGGCGGGGCGGGGUUGAGCCUGGGAGCCCUCUCGGCCAACAGGUUGGCGGCGUUUAGAUCCGCCGUGGCCCCUCUCAGAGCUCGGCUGGGAGGCCGCGUCUUCAGGAUCGGGGGCUACGGCUUCAACCCCACCUUCCUCACAUCCACGACCACGGUGGACACGAGCGUGUCGCCCCUGCCGAUCAUCGACCCCUCGCUGCCGUCUGCGGACACGGUGCAGGUCACCCGCUUGAAGGAGAAGGAGGAGCUGCAGGUGCUCAACAACAAAUUCGCUUCCUUCAUCGACAAGGCCCGAUCGCUGGAGCAGUGCAACGCCAUCCUGAAGGCGAAGAUCUCCAUGUUCACGAACCCAGAUCAAGGUGGACCAGCCAGCACCUCCAUCAUCCUCACCUCGGCCAUCGGCUCCUACAAGACGCAGAUCGACAACUUGACCGCGACCAAAGAAGGCAUCCUCGCCGAGAUCGAGCACUACAAGGGCAUCAUCGACGACAUCCAGACCAGGUUGGAAGAGGAGACGUCGCAGACCAAGGCUUUGGAAACCGACUGGACACACUUAAAAGAGGAGGUGGACAACCUGUACCUGGCUAUCUUUGAGCUUCAAACCAACAUUGGUGGAGUGGAAGAGCAGAUUGUCUUGAACAAGCAGGUGUAUGACGCUAAAGUGAAGGAGGUGAGGAACAUCGUGACGGGUGGCCUCAAGUCGGCUGUCUCCAUCUCGGUGGACAACGCCGCUCAGGCCCAGGACCUGACGUCGGCGCUGGCGGAAGUGAAGGCCCAUUAUGAGGCGCUGGCGCAGCGGAGCAAGCAGGACGCCUUCCUGACAGUGCAGGACAGCCUCUCGCUGCUGUCCCUCAGCGCCCAACCGGGAGCCCAGUCCCUCCCCAACAUGAAGGAGGAGCUGCGCGUCUACAAGCUGCAGAUCGACUCGGUGCAGAGGGAGAUCGACAGGAUCAAGACGCUGAACCACCAGCUGCAGGAGCAGGUGGAUGAAGCCGAAUCCAGCUCGGACUCGCACCGCGAGACGCACCAGGACCAGAUCCUCACUCUCAAGUCGCAGCUGGACGAUAUCAGAAAGCAACUUGCUCAGUACGGCCAGGAGUACCAGGAGCUCUUGGCCAGCAAGAUGUCUCUGGAGGUAGAAAUCACCGCCUACAAGAAGCUGCUGGACAGUGAGGAGAACAGGCUGAAGUCAGGAGGGGGCAUCACCGUGCACAUGUCCAAGUCCGUCGUGGGAAGCGGGGGAGGAGGCGGAGGCGGAGCCGGCGGCGGCCUGGCCUUCGGAGCAGGAGGCGGAGCCGGCGGCGGCCUGGCCUUCGGAGCAGGAGGCGGAGCCUUCGGAGGCGGCGGCGGAGGGGUCGGCUACGGGUUAGGCGCCGCCCUGGGGACAGGACUGGGAGGCGGACUGGGAGGCGGACUUGGAGGCGGACUUGGAGGCGGACUGGGAGGCGGACUUGGAGGCGGACUUGGAGGCGGACUGGGAGGCGGACUGGGAGGAUACAGUCUGAGCGGAGGGGCGAGUUCCUUCGGGGGAGGAAGCCUGUCAUCCACCCUCAACACCAGCACACUGUCUUCCGCCGCGUACUGAAGAGCGACGCCAACCCACACGGCGCCCGGGAGAUGAGAACGGGUCCGGGGGACAGGGUUCCGGCCUCCGUCCGCCCGCAAGAACCAACUGCAAGCCUCACGCUGCUCUCCUGCUUCUCGCUUUUUCCAAACCCGCAAACUGUCCGCUAACUCUUCACGUCAGUAAGAAACGCUCCUAGAUUCCAGCCUUCGGAGACGAACUCCAUACGUAAGAAAAUCCCUCAUGCCACCUGUGUUUUCAUAGCAAUUAAAGAGGGUGUUGUGCCAUACAACGAAUGUCUUUACAUUGGGUCAGAAGAAAAUACAAGGAAAACGCAUGUAACCGUCAGCAUGAAGAUUGCUCAAAAUUGCUUAAUCGCUCACCACAAAGUGAGACUUUGGAAGCCCUGCAAAGCCCAAUAAAAGUGUCUUAUGUUCA